GUUAGCAAAAUCAUCUAUUUUCCGUCUCUGAAGUCUCGGAUCCACGUGUUCCUUGAUUCUGUACUUGAAACACUGUGUAUGAAGUUUGAUGUUUCUCCAUUUUUCACUGGCGUCGUGAAAAUGUCCAUAGCACGAGGGGUCUACUUUUUAGCUGUGAUCUGCGCUCUUGUUUACUGUGAAAUUGUAGAAGACCGAUGGAAGCAGUGGUGGGGAUAUGACCUAAUGGCAGGUCCGGAGAUGUGGGGCCGGACUGGUCCCUAUAAGAUGUGUAGCAAUGGUAAACAACAGUCCCCGAUAGACAUCCACCCAGAUAUGUUACUGUUUGACCCGAACCUCAAACAUGUCAAGGUGGAGACGGUACCGGUCAAUGGAAAACUCACAAACACCGGAAAUGACAUCACGUUAGUUCUGGACCCUGACUUUAUCAACCACGUAAACGUCAGUCAAGGACCCCUGUCAUAUGUGUACCAUGUAACGGCGUUAAAGUUUCAUUACAGCAAAGUGGACAUCAAUGGAUCGGAGCAUCGAAUAGCAGGACGCUCCUUCCCAGCAGAGUUGCAAAUGAUAGGAUACAACGGAGAUCUAUACGAAAAUAUGUCACGUGCCGAAAAUUCGUCCAAUGGAAUUGUAGUCAUCUCGACGUUUCUAGAGAUAGCACCAGAAAAGACGGACGAGAACCCAGCAUUAGAUAUAUUGACAGCUAAGUUGGACGAAAUAUCUUGGGAAAGAGGCGCAUUUGUCCAGAUAACUUCCUUCUCUAUCGAUGAGUUACUUCCCCUUACCGACCAUUAUAUCACGUACGAAGGAUCCAUGACACAACCUAGCUGCCAGGAAACCGUCACCUGGAUAAUAUUCAAUAAACCUUCAUACAUUUCAGAAAAACAGUUAAAUGCUUUUAGAGGCGUUUGGAUGGAAUGGCAGAUGAAAAACAUCCGACCAGCCAUGCCACUUAAUCACCGUGUACUGAGGACUAACAUCAACACCCGCAAACAGUCUGGACUCUGCAGUAUGAAACGAGAUUUAUUUUAUGAUGUUAAUUCCAAUUUUAGGACUUGACGACUGUGGGGCCUACUGAUAACGGUGUCACCGAAAGCCAAAUUAGCACUAUGCAAACCACUGACCAGAACUGAAAUCUCAUUGGAUGGCAACCUGUCACAUGUAAUCUAGGACUGAUCAUGUAAGGCACCGGUCUUGUUAUGGGUGGAAAUAUCUUAUUGAUCACGUGACUAAGUUGGCUAUCCGCGCCUUUUUUGUGCUUUAAUUAGUAAAUUGGUUCUGAUAAUUGUACAGAAAUAGA